ACCAUUUUUAGUUGCGGUUGCUGGUUGUCGGUUGCCUUCAUGAAAUCGCACCUUAAUAUUUGCAACUCUCGACAGUUAAAUUAAAUUGCAGGAAUCUUAACUUAGCUGGGUGAAUAAUCUAAGGAUUGAGCCCAUCAUCACAAAGAAGAAGAAGAAGAAGUGUGUAUAAUUUUUAGUUAAUUAUUGAUAAUCCCUAUACUGGCAAAUUUCUUAUUGCGAAUAGGAUAUCAUGGUAUUUAAGUGCCAAGAUGAUUCUUUUUUAAAAGAGUUCACUUCUAAAGUUAUUGAAUGCAACAAAGUAUUUGUUGAUGAAGUGGUUGACGGUAAUGUACAAACUAUUGAGUAUUAUGCAGUUAUUCUGGAAGAUACAAUAUUGUUUCCUGAAGGGGGAGGGCAGCCUUGUGAUUAUGGAUUAAUAGAAGAUAUUCCAGUUAAAAAAAUUGUUAGGAAAGAAGAUAAAGCAAUUCACUUUAUUUCUCAACCCCUGGAAAUUGGUACUUCUGUUAAACAAAAAGUUGACUGGGAAAGAAGAUUUGAUCACAUGCAGCAACAUUCAGGUCAACAUUUAUUGUCUGCCGUACUUGAACAAAAAUUUUCAGCUGAAACUGUAUCUUGGUGGUUAGGAGAAGAAGAUUCUUAUGUUGAAUUAGAUAUUCCUAUGUUAUUUGAUAAGGACAUUCAAUUAGUAGAAAAUAUGGUUAAUGAAUUGAUAAGGGAAGGACUAGAGGUUACAGUGACCGUAUAUCCAAAAGAUAUACCAAAAGAAUUAUAUGAUGAGGUUCGUAGUGUGAAGGGUUUACCCGAAGAUCACAAAGGAGAUAUUAGAGUUAUAAAUAUUGGUGAUAUCGAUAGUAAUAUGUGUUGUGGAACUCAUGUUACAAACGUUAGUCAAUUACAAGGCAUCAAAUUAUUACAUACAGAGAAAAGUAAACGCAAAAAUAAAAUAUUGUUACAUUUCUUAGUGGGUAACAGAGUACUGAACAAAUUAGCAAGUUGUUUAGAUAGAGAGAAGAAACUCACUACGAUAUUAAAUAACAAUGCAUCCCUACAUGUCGAGUUGGUAGAAAAAUUACAAAAAAAUUUGAAAAUCUCUAAUAAAAAUUUACAAACGAUACUAAAAGAUUUAGCUGUACUUAAUGCUAACAUGUUAAAGAGUGUUCAACCAGCUCCUAAAUAUUUUUCCAUGCACAAGAAAGAAGCUGAAAUAGAUUUUAUGCAAAGAUUCAUCAAAGAAGUGGGAUCAACUGAUAUAUUUUUAUUUUUGUCUACUGGUGAUGAUAAAAAAGAAGGGAACGUUAUUUUAUAUGGCAAUGAGGAAGAUAUUGCAACGUUAGGACCCAAAAUAUGCCAGUUAUUAGAAGGAAAAGGAGCUGGGAAAGGCAAUACAUUUAGAGCCAAAGUGAGCAACAUGGCUAAAAGAAAAGAUGCGGAAAAAAUUUUAACGAACUAUUUCAGUGCUUCUACUUUAUAAUUUAUAAAAAAUCGAAGUAAAUAAAGUUUUAAUUGUAAAUCAUCUAAAAA